UCUCUGGUCCUCCAGCGUUUCCUACCUUCUUGUCGGCUCUCUCAGCCCUCGUUGUCUGGCGGUGAACUCUCACCCCAGCUGCUUGGGAAAUGUCAUACAGGCAGAGGCCCGUGCUGCAGUAGGGGGGCGUAAUAGGAGGAAAAAAUAACAAUUUUUUUUACUGCUCUCACUGCAUCUUUUAUCCGCGUCUCUGCCGUGCAAGUGCCACAUCCCGCUACCAGCAGCAGCAGCCGCCGCCGAUUCCUAAUCGCUGUCUCAAUGCCUAUUUCGCAUUAGGGCUAAUAUAAAAAAAAUCCGUGCCAGACAUGGGGGAGAACAUGAUGCUUCUCUUGAAGAUGUCAGUCCAACAAACUAAUUGGCUUGUGAUGACGAUGCCCAGUCGAAGAUCCUGGGAUUGAUACGUGAAUCCCUUUACACUGAUGGCCUGGACUGAGUUUCAGCUGGCCUGCUGAAGCUAUGGGGAGCUGUUGGAGCUGUCUGUACAGAGACCCCAUCCGAGACAACCAUCUCACCAAAUUUAAGGUCACCAAUGUGGACGAUGAGGGCAACGAGCUGGGCUCUGGGAUCAUGGAGCUCACCCAGACCGAGCUCAUUCUCCACACACGUAAGAGAGACGCCAUUCGGUGGCCGUAUCUCUGCCUGCGACGCUACGGCUACGACUCCAACCUCUUUUCUUUUGAGAGCGGUCGUCGCUGUCAGACUGGGCAGGGCAUCUUUGCAUUCAAGUGUUCCCGGGCAGAAGAGAUCUUCAAUCUGCUUCAGGAGCUGAUGCAAUGUAACAGCAUCAACGUGGUGGAAGAGUCGAUGAUGAUGAUGAGUCGCAGUGGUCACACACCAGAGAUGGAAAUGUCUCGCACACCCCAGACUCCCAACACUCCAGCGUUCCCUGUCCAGGCCUUUCCCAAUGGAUUCCCUGGUUAUCCAAUCAGAGGUGAUUCCUCCCAACCCUCUCUUGCUGAUGAUCAUGGACAUGGCCUCAUGGGUUUGGAAGACCAGACCCACACCUAUGUAAAUACUGUUAGUAUGGAGGGGGAUCUCUCUAUGCGUCACUGUGUGCACUCCCUGCCUGAGGUGCGGCCAACCUCUUUCCCUGAAACAGCCCGAGGAGCCAUGCCUGUCGGGGUCCAAGGAAAUCCGCAGUCUAACCUGCGGUGCUGUCCCCUGGAGGAACAUAACGAUCCUCAGGUGUUCUUGCAGCCGUCUUCGCAGGAGGUCAAAUUCAUGCUGGGCCCCACUCCUGCUCAACGCCAUCUGCUGGAGAGGGAUAGGGACAGAGAGCGGGACAGGCAUGGGCACAAUCCUCACAACCUUCAGUCAGUAGAGGGUGCCACAGGCUCAGAGACGGAGGGAGACGAGCCCUCUAUGCACCUGUGCAACUCUCACUCCUAUCCCCAUUUCCAUCACCACACACACCGGCACCCGUGUCUCGAGCACCCGGGCAGCUGCCAGAGCGUCGAACUCACCUACGAGAACAUCAACCCAACAUCAACAUCAAGUGGUCGGAAGCAGCGGCUGAGUCCCAGCAGCGUGUCUCAGUCUGUGGGUUCAAGCAGCAGCAGCAGCACUGGGGACAGUCACACCCACUCCCUCCUGCACCCACAUGCCCUCGGCCCGUCGUCUCUACCCCCGCAGGGCUACGCCUGCGAGAGGGGCAUGGGCGGAGGUCAUCGUCGGACAGCUCUGCUUAACUACGAGAACCUUCCCUCUCUGCCGCCGGUGUGGGAGUACAGAGCUCUGCAGCGGGAUGACGAACAGGACGAGGAAGAUGAUGAGCAGGAUGAGGAGGAAUACGAGGAAGAAGAGGAAGACUUUGAUGAGUAUGAGUUCUCAGAAGGCCCUGGGACACCCAACGGGUACCACCAGGAUGGUCGGGGCAUCCACAGAGAUGCCAUGCAGAACUACGUCAACACAGAGCAGGUCCAGCCGACCAGGCUCCGACACGCCUGCCCCCCACAUCCGCGGCCGUGUCAGUCAGACAGAGGGGGGAGAAUAUUUAGCUUUGAUUUCCGCCGACGAUCGAGGUCAGGGGUUGGAGGCUGUGAGCACGGCCAUAUGCCUCCAUCGCGGCAGCUGAAUUACAUCCAGGUGGAACUAGAGGGAGAACCUCCCUGCCAAGCCCUCAGCAGCGGGGUUGCCCAGACCCAGCCGCAGCACCAGCGCCUACCACCCAAAAAAUGUGGCCCACAGGCACCCCGGCGCAGUGAAUGCUACGCAAUCAUUGACAUAGAGAAGACCGCUGCCAUGUCAAACCUGCAGAAAGCUCUGCCCAGGGAUGAUGGGACUUCCAGAAAGACUCGCCACAACAGCACAGACCUGCCUCUGUAAACGGUGUUCAAACUGAAGAGGAACGAUGAAGACAGAUGAAGGCUUAUCCUCAUCUUAGCACACUGGACCCUUCACUGUCAUCCAUCCAUUCAAGUGUCGGGCUGACUAAUACAGUACAGGUACCUAAUUAGAAACUUACUGAAACCUAUCUGUGCAUAUAAAAGGAAAUGAGAAAUCUCUGAGGAGAAUUUGCCAUUUUAUUCUGUGUUAUUUAUUAGAUAUGUGGUGUGAAGCUCUCUCGAGAAAUUGGCAGUUUUUACUGCAAAUACUGUUUGCUGGAUAUUUAUAUACAAGCAUAAAAUCAUGUAUAUAAAUAUAUACAUGAUUUUAUGCUUAGCUAUGAGACCUCUGUUUUCAGUGGAAGCAGUCAUUGCCAUACUGUUUUAGCAAAGUUUUAUUCGUAAACUCAUCUCCACUCACACAUAUUAUUGUUUCCAUCUCUUAUUCUACAUCCAUGAGGUUUUAUACUUAAACAAGAUGAGUCAAAAAUGCGGCUCUCAUUACAGAAGAAGUAGAGUAGUUAUUGGCAUGAAGGUUAAUGGUUCCUCCAAGAUACUGACCAAUAUUCAUACCUCAUCACAAGCAUCUAAGUCUAACAUUGUGGCUAAUAAGAGACCAUUAUUUGUUACUAUAUGCCUAUAGACCAUUUUGCACACAAUCCUAUGGAAUUGUAUUUUAUCAUAUUUUAGGGAAUAGUUUUGUCCAGUCCAAGAAGAUUUGAAUUAAAUGGACAGAAGAGAUGGUGAAUUUGCAGAAUUAUACUAAACUGAAUGAUGGUAAAAGUAGCACACAUGGAUUAAACGAGCUUUGGCUCCCUCCUAUCCACAUGCAGCAAAUUAAAAAGUAGCAUAUCAUCUUCAAUCAACCCUCCUGCACAUCAUCCCAGACCUGCAGGAGGUACGCGCGGUUUACGCUUGUCACAUUGCACUUUUGACCCUGGGCCACUGAAACGCUCUUUUGUCUCUACUCGCCAAUGGAGCCACACGUUUGACCGUGUCCUUUCUACCAAAAGCAUGGGGCCCAAUAUUUCAUGGACAUUCUUAGUCUGCAUCGUAGAUGGGAUUUAUUUACAUGUUUUGAUGAGGACAUCGACAACCUCAAAUAGUGGCAUUAAGCUGUAACCUCACGUAAAAAGUGCUGGAUCUAUAAUUUGUCAGGUGUGAAUGGUCUGUUUUUAAAUCAAGUAUCAAGUAUGUCGCAAAGUCAUUCAGUGGAGAUUUUUGUGGCUGUUUAUCAACCAUAGUCAGGUAUUUAUUUAUUUAUUUAUUUAUUUAUUCAUUCUUUUAUUUCCAAUUGUAAUAAGUUUGUUAUCCAUGUGACGACCAGCGUUUUGUAAUCCAGUUGGUAAAAUGGAGACCAAAGUUUCACCUCAAAUGAUCACUGGACUCUGGUGUAUUACUGUUAUAACUGUGCUUAGUUAUAUUAAAAAAACAGAAGAGAAAACAAAGAAAGAAAGACUAUUUAUAUUUUAAGUGCCAAAACUUAUUUGCAAACUUUGUGAUGAAUAAAUUCAAACGUGCCAUUAGGAUUUGUCGAAAAACAAUAGUACAGAGAAGCAUGAGGUGAUAAGGGUCGGGAGACAAACUUAAAGAAUAAAUAAAAGAUCAAUAUUUUUAAGAAUAAAUUAAAACUGCAAAACCUGCACAUACCACCUCAUCCACAUCGACAGCCAUUUGGGAGCGAGAUAUAAGAAUGGUUAUCCUGUAGUCUGAUAAUCACAGCCAGGGUGGUUUUAUGCUGCUACAUGUACAUACUAAGAGUAGCCCGUGUAAGCUACAGGUACUUAUGUCUUUGAACCUAUGUAAUGUCAGAUCUUUUACCAUAUUGUUAAUUGCUAAAAGAAGUAGCAUUAUUGUUUUCUUCUGAGAUUUUUUCUG